GCGAGACUUGAACACGUGCCUACCUAACGGACAGGGUCACGAAUGUAACGCCUGUCCCCUACCCCCUCACCACCCUCCUAGAAUUGCCCAACUACUAGUAACCCUAACGGCGGCAACUCUCCGACCAAACGCCUUCUUUUCACGUCCGUCUAUUCGUCUCCUUCAUCCGUCAACGGUCAACUUGACGCCGUCCAUGGCCUCCUGUGACGACGAUUUUUCACUCCUCGACGACCACCACCACACCCCCAAUUCCUCCCAACCCUCUGCCGCCACCGGCGCCCAUCCGCCGCCGUAUGAAAUCGCUACGUUCGAUCCGGACUCCGACCCGUUCGACUCCGAGCCAGAUCCGAACUCCCUGUCCGGGAAGCGGUCCAUCGAUCGGGAUGACGUCCACAGCGGCACGUCGAAAAGGACGAGAAUGCCCUCCGCCGGGGAGUACCGGAAGGACAGGGAGGAGUGGAGCGACUCGGCGAUCGCGUGCUUGCUGGAGGCGUACAGCGAGAAGUUCGUGCAGCUGAACAGGGGGAAUCUGAGGGGUCGUGAUUGGGAGGAGGUGGCGGUGAUCGUGAGUGAGAGGUGCGAGAACCAGAGCAAGAGUGUGGAGCAGUGUAAGAACAAGGUGGACAAUCUGAAGAAGCGGUUCAAGCUGGAGAGGCACCGCCUGAGCAACGGCGGGGUUAUGGUGAGUCACUGGCCUUGGUUCAAGCAGAUGGAGCAGAUCGUCGGAAAUUCCAUCGCCGCAAAGGCCGCCGCGGAGGAGGAGAAGGCCGGCGUCGGCUCGUUGUACCCUGCUAGGCAGUCUAAGAGACUUGGAACUUUGGCUGCUAAUCUAGUUGGCCAAGUUAUGAAUCCGAAGAAAGCAUCCACUAAUCUAAGGUGGCGAAGAGUUGUGUUCAAAAUUAGCGGUGGUGCUCUGGCUGGAACUACUCCUAACAACAUUGAUCCAAAGGUGGCCAUGUUGAUUGCAAGGGAAGUUUCAGUAGCCUGCCGUGUUGGUGUUGAGGUGGCUAUAGUUGUUGGUGGCCGCAACUUUUUCUGUGGAGACACGUGGGUUACAUCAACUGGUUCUGAUAGAUGUACUGCAUAUCAGAUUGGGUGCUGUUCAGGUGCAUUCCUCCACAAGUAUCAUUUGGAGGGAAGGAAAGUUAAUAGUGAUCUUUCACUUAUGUUAAUGAUGGCGACAGUGAUGAACUCUGUACUGCUACAGUCAGCUUUGGAGAAAUUGGGCGUGCAGGCACGUGUACAGAGUGCGUUUUCCAUGCCGGAGGUUGCCGAGCCUUACAGUAGGCAACGGGCCAUUCGGCAUCUCGAGAAAGGAAGAGUAGUGAUUUUUGGUGGUAUUGGGGCUGGCACUGGGAACCCACUAUUCUCUACGGAUACAGCAGCGGCUCUUAGAGCAUCUGAGAUUCAUGCGGAUGUUGUCCUGAAAGGCACGAAUUCUGAUGGCGUUUUUGUUUUCGACUCAAACGACAUUUCAUCGGAGCACAUUUCCUUCAGCGAGUUGGCAUCGAGAGGCACAUCCUCCAUGGAUAUGAUGGCCCUCACAUUCUGUGAAGAAAACGGGAUUCCAGUUGUCAUUUUCAAUCUCCAUGAGCCCGGGAAUAUAUCGAGGGCAUUGUGCGGAGAACAGGUUGGUGUACUGAUUGAUCAAACGGGGCCCGUCGGUUGAAUUUUGUGAUCUGUUGCAUGUGGAGGAGGAUCAUUUUGUUUUUUUGAGAAAAUCUAAUCUUGUUGUGCUAUGAUGAAAAAUAGAGGUAAUUGUACGAACCCAUUCACAGAUGAUGAUGGGCUGUUUGUACACAUUCGGGGAAAGUUGGAAAAUUUCCUCAGGUCAUACCCACACAAAUACAAGAUCACUGUAACUAGUGAAGUAUCGAGUGUACUAAUCUUUAUUUAAAAACGCAUGUCGCGAAGAACCUCUUGAUGAUUCGUAUGCUUCUAGAUAAGACCAUGACUGUAUAUUUGUAAUUUGUUGUGUGAUCUCAAGUUUUAACAGCUUAUUGACAUGAUGAGACGUUAUUAUGUACUUACGAGGGAUGGAAAUUUUAGCAGUGUUGGUCCCAAAUUGUUGUAUUUCUAACACUGGUUCACUAGUUAUCAUAUUCUGAUUCUAGUGCAUUUUUUGUUUUCGAGAAAUCUGUUAUUUGCUCGACAAGAGAGCUACGCCUCAAACUAGUCAAAGUUUAUUCACAGCCCUGUAUGUGAAAGUGAACCUGCAAUAUGUACUCUUCUCUUUAAUGAAUUUUCCUGGUAGCUAUGUGCUGAUGUUUGAAGUGUAACUUUUUCACCAGUAACUCACAAGUUACCGUAGUAACAAUUUUGCUCUUGGUUUUGUAUUUAAAAC